CAAAGAGAAUUUUUUGUUUAAGAUAAUCCAAUGAACCCUAAUCCAAAAGUUGGUCAGCUUUUGUUUUACCAUCUGGUUUUUGUUUUUAAUUUGUCGUCUUUUCCCCCAAUUUUUUUUGUUUAUCCUGGGUUUUUACUAAGCAGAUCCUCAUGUUGAGGUGAUAGCGCUCUCUCCCAAGUCUUUAAUGGCAACAAACAGAUUCGUUUGUGAAGUAUGCAACAAAGGGUUCCAAAGGGAGCAAAAUUUACAGCUCCAUAGAAGAGGACACAAUCUGCCAUGGAAGCUAAAGCAAAAGACAACGAAAGAAGUGAAGAAGAAGGUGUAUCUUUGCCCCGAACUCACUUGCGUCCACCACGAGCCGGCGAGGGCACUCGGCGACCUCACCGGCAUCAAAAAGCAUUACUUCAGAAAGCACGGCGAGAAGAAAUGGAAGUGUGAGAAGUGCUCGAAGCGGUACGCCGUGCAGUCCGACUUGAAAGCUCAUUCGAAGACUUGCGGAACUAGAGAAUACAGAUGUGACUGUGGCACCCUUUUCUCUAAACGUGAUAGUUUCAUCACUCAUCAGGCGUUUUGCUAUGCGUUGGCUCAAGAAACCGCGAGACACCCACCCAAUGACUUAACCGCAAUGGGGAGCCAUCAUCUCUUUGGAAGUAAUCAUCCUCAUCAAAUGAGCUUAGGAUUAUCCCAAAUGCAUGCUCAGAAUCAACCAUCCAGCAAUAUGUUGAGGUUGGGAAGAGGCGGAGCCACCAAGUUCGAGCACCUCAUUGGCUCCCCCUCGAAUCCUUCAUCGUUACAAAACAUGCCCAGAUCGAUGUUCUUCAUGGAGGAUGCGGCCAACCAAGGUUUUCACCAGGACCAUCGAUCUCCCCAUGGGAAUGGAGCGUACAUCAACAAAGCAUUACAUGGUCUAAUGCAACUUCAGGACCUUCAAGGCAAUAAUAACAAUUCCGGUGCCAACUCUACCAAUCUUUUCAAUUUAGGCUUCUUCCCCAACAAUUCCGGUGAAAGCGGCGGCGCAUCUGCCGUCAACUUAUUGAAUUCCGGUUUUUUGAGUGGUAAUCAGUUCAACAUGGGUGAUCAGGUCGGUUCGGGGCUGUCCUCUCAUUACAGCACUACUACCUCAAUGCAACAUGAGAACAUUUCUCCAAACAUGUCGGCAACCGCAUUGCUUCAGAAAGCUGCUCAAAUGGGUUCAACUACAAGCAACCACACUUCCUCUUUGCUGAGAGGAAUGGGGAGCUCUUCUUCGAGUGGGAUGAAACCCGAAAGACAAGAUUUAGCCGCUAACUUCGGCAGCAAUUUUGGUGGUGGCGGCGGCGGCGGCCGAAGUAGCAGAGGCGGUGGAGGAGAAGGAGAAACGCUGAGAUCACAGAUGGAGAACGAUAAAAACAAUCUUCAAGGACUAAUGAAUUCUCUCGCCAAUGUUAACUCUUCCAUUUUCGGUGCCGGCCAGGGACAAGAUCAAAGCAACUUCGUCGGAGGAUUCGCAUGGACUGACAACACCAACUUCUCGAACGUUAAUGAAGGUAAUAAGUUGCAUCAAAAUCUGGCGGGAAGCAUGGGCGCCGGGAGUGACAAAUUAACAUUGGAUUUUCUGGGAGUGGGAGAAAUGGUGAGAAACAUGGGUGGAGCUGGUAGUCAACAUGGGAUCAACAUUGGGUCUUUGAACUGCUAGAUGAAGUCAUCGACUCAGCUAUUUGGUAGUGGAACACUUGUCUAAAAAGGCAAGCAAAGUUUUUGUGGGGUUAAAAAGUAGCGCCAAAAACAAAAAGCUUAUGGUUUCUUCUCCUCCUCUUGAAUUGAACUUUAUGAAUUAGGGUUUUCGUUCCAAAAAACUAAAAAGUGUUUUAAGGGUUACUUUGGCUGAUUUUUGUCAUAAAAC